CAAUAACUGUGGAAACCUUCCUCUUCACGAGGGUCAGCAACUCCCAAUGAUGUGGCGCCGGGUUGGAGAAACCCUCUGAUAGCGCCCAGGAUAAUGUGGAAAGCGUCCCUCCAACCUGCAUAAUCUCGUUGGAAGUUGCACUCGUUUGGGGCAAGGCCCAAUUACAUCACUCGUUCCAUGCUCGAAAUCGGGAGGGGCAUGGAAACCGAACAUACGAGAUUGAAGAGGAUACGUGUGUAUAUAAACUACCAUGAUGCCUCUAUCCUUUCCAUCAUUUGGGCUCAUCACAUCAACUACACCAGCAGGUUCAGCAUUCAACUUCGACAGAUAGUAAAUCCAAUUUCACCACCACAUCACGUUGGAAGUUUGCCAUACACACUCAGAGAUGCCUUCCUAUCUCGUCACAGGAGUCAACCGCGGCAUUGGCUGGGGAUUCCUCAAGAAAUUAUCCGAGGACGCAAAUAAUACUGUGAUUGGCAGCGUUCGCGAUAAGGCAGCUGUCGAGAAAAAGAUUGCCGAGGAGCUCGGAGACCGUCCUAAUGUCCACAUUGUGGAAUUUGAGCUAGCCGACUACGAAAGCAUCAAGAAAUCGGUUCCGGAAGUCUCCAAAAUCACCGGAGGCAAACUUGACUACCUCAUUGCCAACGCAGCAUAUGUCUCGCCUAUCUCGACCUGGCUCCCUAUUGGAAAGCAAGCCGAAAAGCCGGAAGAGCUUGAAGAAGACCUGUUGAAGAGUUUCAAGAUCAACGUCGUUGGCAAUGUCCACCUAUUUAGCCUCUUUUUGCCGUUGAUACUCAAGGGAGAUGUCAAGAAAGUCAUUGCCAUCAGCUCCGGUAUGGCCGAUCAUGAGAUGACCAACCAAUACCGCCUCGAAGUCAGCGCCCCUUACUCCAUCAGCAAGACAGGCGUGAACAUGGCCGUGAGCAAGUUCCACGCCCAGUAUGCCCAAGACGGAGUUCUUUUCAUGAGCAUCUGCCCCGGAAUUGUGGACACUGGACACAACCAGAAGCUGAGCGAGGUGCACCAGGAGUACUUCAUGAAGACUGGCGCCAUUUUCAAUGAGUAUGCGCCCGGUGUUGCGCUCGCUACUCCGGAGGACUCUGUCAAUGAUGUUCUCAAGGUCAUCUACGACUCCAGUCUUGAGAACGGCAGAGGUGGCGAGUUCAUCUCUCACUUGGGCACCAAGAGAUGGUUGGAGGCUGGCGCAGGAAGCGUUGCUCUUUGAAUGACACAUGCAUUCAUUACGCUGAAUGGUUCAGAAUUGAGACGUAUGAUUGUCGAAUGUUUGCAGUCAGUCAGGUAGAGAGCCAUUACUCAUUGCUUCCUGAUACCGAAAAUCUCCGAUAUUCGAGCCUUUACCAGUUCAGGACCUUUAGAAAAAUCCCAGAAUGGCAAUUAGAGAGGGUUUGAAAAAGUAAAGCCAUGCCCCGUGAUUCAAACUUGUGAUUGUGGUGGAGGCAAUUGAUUACAUG